UUACAGGUCCGAUCAGAGAGAUGGCAGAAACCGCUCCAGCUGCAGCCGCCCCGCCGGCCAAAGCGCCCAAGAAGAAAUCUGCUGCUAAACCCAAGAAAACGGGUCCAAGCGUCGGUGAACUCAUCGUCAAAACUGUGUCCGCAUCUAAGGAGAGGAGCGGCGUGUCUCUCGCCGCCCUGAAGAAAGCUCUCGCCGCCGGUGGAUACGAUGUGGAGAAGAACAACUCCCGCGUCAAGAUCGCCGUUAGGAGUCUGGUGACUAAAGGCACUCUGGUCCAGACCAAAGGGACCGGCGCCUCCGGCUCAUUCAAGCUCAACAAGAAACAAGCCGAGAGCACGAAGAAACCCGUCAAGAAAGCCGCUCCUAAAGUCAAGAAGCCCGCAAUCAAGAAACCCGCCGCUGCUAAGAAGCCCAAGAGCGCCGCGACUAAGAAACCUGCCGCCAAGAAAUCUCCCAAGAAGGCGAAGAAACCAGCAGCCGCCAAAAAGGCAACGAAGAGCCCCAAGAAGGCCAAGAAACCAGCAGCCGCCAAGAAAGCCGCCAAGAGCCCCAAAAAGGCCAAAGCUGCCAAACCCAAAACGGCAAAGACUAAAGCAGCCAAGCCUAAAAAAGCAGCUCCCAAAAAGAAAUUGGUUGUUAGAGGACACAAUCACUCCUGACUAUGAAUGAAACCAAAAGCUGCAUAUUCAGAAAAUGGCAAACCCGGUAAUGAAACAUGUUAUUCAGUGUAAGUUUCACCCGCCUGAAGAGUUUAAGUGUUGAGUUUAAAAUCAAGAGUUUCAUAAAACUAUAAAAUGAAGGUUAGUGCAAUUAUCUGACAACAUUUUAUA